GCCACAGGAAGUGACCUCGGCACCUGGAAAUGACCUCACAGAGCUGGGUGCCUGGGCAACCAGCCCACAUUCCAGAGCUAGCUCUGAGCUAGUGCACUAAGGACUAGUGACACUAAGGAACAUGUUCCUGUGUUGUUUCCCAAGACGUCGAGGUUCAGGCCCCAGGAAAUGCCCCUGUGGGCCUCGGCCAAAGUGGUGGCCACGCUGGGCCACCCCUGACCCCAAACGCACCAGUUGCCUGAAACGCAAAAAGCUUCAGGACAAGCCUACCCAGUGCCGGGAGGAGCGCUAUGGGGAGGUGACUGUCCAUAUCAUGGACCCAAAUCGCCCACCGUCACCAGAGGAACUGAGCGAGUUUGAGCGGAUGACAUAUAUGGCAAUGAUAGAGAGUCUUCGGACGCCGUCACCCACCAGGGCACCUGAGCAGAGAGCCGGCCAACGCACAAUGCCGGGUGUCACUGAGGAGGACUCCAUCUCUGACCUGUUAGAUGCUGCCUCCUGGGAGGAGGAACUGACCUCCUCUGAUGAGAGCUACAAACCACCCAGGCAGAGGGUUGGUGGAGGCAAAAUAGUGGUGAGGGCACAGAUAGAGCCCAUGUACCCUGCUCGGAAGGGCCCCAUCCCUGACCUGCCAGAUAUACUCGCCCUCCAAGAGGAAUUGUCCUCAACCAAGGAGAGCUGCACACCACCUCAGCAGGGAGAUGGCCAACACACACUGCAGGGUGUUGUUGAGGAGGGCUCCAUCCAUGACCUGCCAGAUAUAGCCUCCCGCCAGGAGGAAUUGUCCUCCCCAGAGGAGAGCUUCAGUGCGGGUGACUUUGACACAGCCAUACCCACAGCCACCGAGCAGGGCCCAGAGGUGGUCCUGUGGGAAAACAAGUUGAAGAUGCUGGCCCUGGAGCCACGAGGCUUUGACCCAGAUGAUCUGGGGGCAAGCCUGGAGCCACUUGGCACCGAUGGCUUUGAAGGGGACAAAAUCACCACUCCAGCCCCAGGGCUGGCCCCAGACACUGAUGUGUCCUUUAGUUCUCUCCCCAUGCCACACCUGCCGAUCCCUGCCUCCGGGAGAGUGUACUGGUAUUUCCUGAUCUUUAUCCUGCUGUUUUUCUCAGCCGCUGAGUGGUAUACACAGUAUGUUAUGGCAGAAAAUGUAAGUGUGAAUGUAAAAUCCACAGGGUUUCAGUGGCUCCCCAUGCUAGGACUCCUUAUCUUUUAUCGCUGUGAUUCCGUGGCCCUGGAAGGUCCUGGCGAUGACAGCUGUGGGUUGGUGUCUGGCCUGCCCCAAGGCCUUGCACAGCUCCUCCACGCUGUGCCCAUCCACGAUGAUGGCAUGCCAGCCAAGGGCCUUGCUGCGCUCUGGCCCAUGGCAUGGAAGAAGAGCUCGGCCACCAUCCGCAUGGCCCUGCAGCAUGGAGUGGGAUGGCCCGAGCCCACUGCAGUGGUGGCCUGGGUCAAGCAGGUAUGCUCCUGUUCCAGACCUUCGUCAUCACGGCAAGAGAUGUCGGGCAGACAGGACCUCUUCGGUCUGCUCCAUUCAGACCAUGCAGCCUACUCUCGUGAGCUUCAGGAUGCCUCUGAUUUCUAUAGAGAAAGUCCUCCAGUGUCCAUCUCCUGGACGCACCAUAAAGUCAAGAACAGGAUGGAGACCACGUCAGCUGGCUUUCACCUUGACCUGGCUGAACCUGGUGAAGAUUUUGUUGCUCUGUUAAUAACUCUGGUAAAAGAGGCAGAGGAAAGCAUCACUGCCAUCCUCACAUCCCUGGAGAAGCCCAAGAGCAUCAACAAGAGGGCCACGAAGUUCAUCCUCCAGUUUGACUGCUAUGUCAAGAUCAAGCGCAACUGGUGGGUGCCCAGAGGCAUCGACAACAAGAUGCGGUGGAGGCUCAUGGGCCGGAUCGGGAUGCCCAAUGUUGGUCAACUGCCUGGCGGCUUCCCCCAGCUCCUCGGGCACGCUCCUCGGGCACGCUCCUCGGGCACGCUCCUCGGGCACAGCGCCACAGAGCUGGAGCUGCUGCGCAUGCACAGACUGCUCACAGCCUCCUCCAAGAACGCAGUCAUCCUGCAAAGAACAGCCCAGCGGACCACACGAGUCACCGACCCCAGUGCCAGGCUGCGCAGCGGAGAAGCUGAAUAG